AUGGGCACGAGUGAACCCAAUGGCGGCCCAGCCCUGCAGAAGGGAAUCUGGGUCGCCGUGGCCCUUGCGGCGGUGAUUGUCAUUCUCAGGGUCUUCGCGAAGCUGAAGAUCGGCCAAUUCCGCGUGGAUGACAUCUUGAUGAUCCUUGCAUGUCAUGGCUUUGGCAAGAACCUGGAGACGCUGCCGCUCAAGGACAUGGAGGCCGUCUUGAAAGCCAUCGCUAUCGAGGUUCCGAUUGUGACGAUGAGCACUACAAUUGCCCGCUGCUCCUUUAUCAUAUACCUCCUCGCUAUCCUCGGCUCCAACCGAACGUACCGAUUCGCCUUAUGGUUUAUCAUGAUCUGGCAGCUCUCCGGCAACAUCGUCUCCGCCGUCCUCCCUCUUAGCAUCUGUCGCGAUGUCAGGAUUCUCUGGGAUCCGACCGUGAAGACGACUUGCGGUGACAGCAACGCCGUGAUCAAAUUUGCCUACUACUCCAACACCGUCAACUCAGCCACGGACUUGUUUCUGGCCGUGUUCCCCAUCCCUGUCUUUUGGAAUCUCAACCUGAAAACGCGGGUCAAGCUCGGCUUGAUUGUUCUGCUCAGCCUGGGUCUUGUGGCCAUGGUGGCAUCGAUCGUGAAAACAACGAAACUCGACCAAUUGCCCAGCGUUACAAACCUCGGUGCCUCCGGCGGCAUUGAGCUCAUCCGCUGGGGGUAUGUGGAAAACGCCGUGAUCAUCAUCACCUCGUCGAUCCCUUGCAUCCGGCCGCUGGUCAUGUCCUCCGUCAAGAAAUUCUCCAGCCACAGCUUCUCCCGCUCGUAUGAGCUGCGCAGCCCCUUUACUGGGAAUCGUCGCACAGGUGAGAAUGCAACCACUCAGUCGCGCCGUAAAUUAGCGACGAAUAACGAUGCCGAAACGUGUAGUAUUGAGCGUAUUCUAAACCCCUAUUCGCACAACACCGUCAUCGGUAGCCAUCAGACGUCGUCGAAUCGGUCGGAUCGAGGCAUUACGAAACAGGUCGAGAUGUCGGUUUAUUCUAGUGACGACCCUGCGAGGAGCGUGUGA